AUGGCCAGUCUACGUAAAUCCCACCCUCUUCUAAAAAUCGCAAACGAUGCUUUAGUCGACCUCCCAGCCCCCUCUAAUAUCUCUGUUUGAUGAAACUUUGGGUCUCUUUUAGGACUCUGUUUAAUUACCCAAAUUGCAACCGGCUUAUUUCUAGCCAUACACUACACAUCAGACAUUGCUACUGCCUUCACCUCCGUAGCCCACAUCUGUCGAGACGUCAACUACGGCUGACUUAUCCGAAGCAUUCAUGCCAACGGCGCAUCAUUCUUUUUCAUUUGCCUCUACCUUCAUAUUGGCCGAGGUCUAUACUAUGGCUCUUACCUCUAUAAAGAAACAUGAACUGUUGGGGUUAUUCUCCUCCUUCUCGUAAUAAUAACAGCCUUCGUUGGAUACGUCCUCCCUUGAGGACAAAUGUCGUUUUGAGGUGCAACCGUUAUUACCAACCUUCUAUCUGCCGUCCCCUACGUCGGAAACACCCUGGUCCAAUGGAUCUGAGGUGGUUUUUCUGUAGACAAUGCUACCCUCACCCGGUUCUUUGCCUUCCACUUUCUCUUCCCCUUCAUCAUCGCUGCCGCAACGUUAAUUCAUCUACUCUUUCUUCACGAAACUGGCUCAAACAACCCAACCGGGCUAAACUCAGACUCCGACAAAGUUCCCUUUCACCCCUACUUCACUUACAAGGACCUCUUAGGCUUUGCAGUCCUUCUUACUGCAUUAGCAUCCCUAGCCCUAUUUUCCCCAAAUCUCUUAGGAGACCCAGAUAACUUUACCCCUGCAAAUCCGCUUGUUACUCCCCCACACAUUAAGCCAGAGUGAUACUUCCUGUUUGCCUAUGCUAUUCUCCGCUCCAUCCCAAACAAACUUGGAGGAGUACUUGCCCUUUUAUUCUCAAUCUUAGUUCUUAUGCUCGUCCCCUUCCUUCAUACCUCUAAACAACGAAGCCUGAUAUUCCGUCCCCUAACACAAUUUUUGUUCUGAUCUUUAGUAGCAGACGUUAUGAUUCUAACUUGAAUUGGAGGAAUGCCCGUAGAACACCCCUUCGUUAUCAUUGGGCAAGUAGCGUCUCUCCUUUACUUCUCCCUCUUCCUAGUCCUGAUCCCAACAGCAGGUUGACUAGAGAAUAAAGUCCUUGGAUGAAAAU